AUGGCCCUCCGACUCGGUGACAUCGCCCCCAACUUCGACGCCCAGACCACAAAGGGCAAGAUCAACUUCCACGAGUGGCUCGCCGGCUCCUGGGCCAUCCUCUUCUCCCACCCCGACGACUACACCCCCGUCUGCACCACAGAGCUCUCCGCCGUCGCCCUCUCCUACGCCGACUUUGCUUCCCGCGGCGUCAAGCUUAUCGGCCUCUCGGCCAACAACAUUGACUCCCACGAGGGGUGGAUCAAGGAUAUUGAUGCCCUCAGCAAGGAUGGCGCCAACGUCGAGUUCCCCAUCAUUGGCGAUGAGGACCGUAAUGUAGCCGAGCUGUAUGGUAUGCUCGACCGCCUUGACAAGACCAAUGUCGACAAGAAGGGUAUCCCAUUCACCGUCCGAACUGUCUUUAUCAUCGACCCUAACAAGCAGAUCCGUCUCACCCUCGCCUACCCAGCUUCCACUGGCCGAAAUUUCCCUGAGAUCCUCCGUGUAGUGGACUCUCUCCAGCUCGGUGACAAGUACAAGAUCACCACCCCUGCUGACGGCAAGGAGGUCGACAAGGUCAUUGUCCACCCCUCUGUCCAGGGUGAAAAGGUCAAGGAGCUCUUUGGCGACGACGUCGAGACCGUCUACCCUUACCUCCGAUUUACCUCGGACCCUUCCAAGAAGGAGCAGAAGGCCUAA